AGUUUGGCACCUGAUUGGCUGGAGCCAGGUACAAAGCUAUCGUAUGAAAGGCUGUGACCAAGCAACUGUGUGAGGGGGAGGAGCCAAGUAAGGAAGAAAGAAUUGGGAGUCAAGGGUGGGGGCAAAAAGAGCUGAGGGUAGAUGAGUCUGACAGAAGCAGUUGAGUCGAGAAGAAAAAGGAGAGGAGAUGGAGCCCAGUGUGAUCCGACUGAGUCACUGCCAGAAGGACAUCUUCUGCUUCUCUGUUCCGGAACAGUGCCCGAGCUGCGGUGAUGAGCUGAGGGGGAGCAGACUGCAGGAGGCACCGGUCAGCCUGCCCUCCCCCUUUACCAAUGGCCACAAGAGCUCCUGCUGCCUCCUGAUUGCACCUGCACAUGACAACCACACCAGCGACUUCAAUGGGACUUCAGAUCUGCACACUGGGAUCUCCAAUACAAAAGGAGUGGUGUACAACUACACCCAGAAUGGGGUGCAGAAAGAACAGAGAGGCUGGGAGCGCUGCAUCAACAUCCCUUUGGUCCGACCAGACAUGUUCCACCUGUUGGCUCAGUGGGAUCAGUACUUGGAGCGCUUCUCAGAGGGACCCAUGUGGGACCCUGUGUGGCACAGAUUCCAUGAAGACGACCACAACUGCUUCAGCUUCUGCCUGCAGUUUCUAAAUACCGUCCUGACAGUGGAGGGUUGCAGCUCCCUGAGCAAAGAGGAUUUCACUCGCUGCUUCAUCUUGCCAAGGAUGAAGAGGGUGUCAAAAUAUACCACACUGGUCCAACACAUCGAGAAACACCAGUUCUACAUGGUGGACCGACCGCAGGCAGCAGAACCCAGUAGCUAAAGUGGCCUGACCUUUGACCCAAUGAAAACAGACCCACUAGACUAAGGGUGAAUUCAGACUGGACACAUUUGGUUUGUUUUAAGUGAACCAGAUUUCAUUCCUGGAUAAUCCGGAACAAAUUUUCAGUCUGAAUACACCCAGGUGGACCCUGGUCCAGGACCAGACACCGCUCUCUGACCCAUCUUUGGAGGGGGUCUUGGUUCAUUUCCAAUCGGACCAAGCUUUGGUUUGCUCUGGGAUUCCUCAGUCUGAAUACAAUCCGUCCUCUGAGCGGAACAACUGAACCAAAACAGCCCCCAUAGCUGACGUAAACAGAGUAGGAAUGAAGGAACCGAUGAGCUGCGAAGAAAUGUGAAGCAAUGAUUGUCAUGUUAUCAAAGAGGGAAAAAAAGAGUCCAACUGUUUACUUGUUACGUUUGUUUUAACUCAGCUGAAAAUGCGUCUUACAUGCUUUUCUGUGUGGUUACGCGGCAUGCACCCGGCGGUGCUGUAACGUCACCAUAAAAAAUACCUUGUAAUUCCUUAACAGAAUUUACUUUAAAACUAUGCCAUGAAACCAGAACAAUGAGACACAGCACUCAUUGAAAUUUGGUUGGAUGUAUGCAGGCUCAUUAAAACACUUUUCAACGUGACACACAUUGCUUCUUAUACUGUUUUCCCAACAAGAACAAAGGAUUUGAAUCUGAAUACACCCUUAGCGGUCACACUGACACAAGUUCUGAAUGAUAUAUUGCUUUCCAGCAGCAGUACGGAUCAGAACAAAUCAAAACUGGCUCAUAAACCAUUCAGUACAUAAACUUUAUUCUUUUAAAACGCACUUCUUAAACCAGAAGAUUUUCACCCAGUUUGUCUCCAUCUGCAGAGACGACACCCCGACAUAAAACAUAAAGUCGUAAACAUAAUUGGGAUUUUUUUUUUUUCUCCAACAUGUUUCUUUUUUAUUGGUGUUUAAAACUAAAUGUUGAUGGAUGUCUGUUUUAUUUAUUCGUUCAAUGAAGCAAUAACAAAACAAACAUGUAUCAGAACUGUGCAGAUACAGUAAGUGUGGAGGGAUUCCUCAGAGUGGUUUUAUUGUUGCUAAAGAUCAUUUUGCCUUUUGUUUUGUUUUGUUUUUUCUUGUUUUUUUAAUUUUAUUUUGCACAAUAUUUAAACAUUUAUCUUGUAUUGUUGUUCACCUUUCGGUUUAUUGAAAAUGAGCAGGAUUUUUCUGCUCAUUUUUAUGUCUGACAAAACAACACAGGAGAUAAAGACAUGUAUACACAAACAUGAGCAGAAAUGACAAAAUACAAGUUCAAGCAAACACAUGGCUGAUUUAAAAGAUUUCAUGAGGCAUUUAUUAAGGCACAGUAAAAUUUUCUUGAAGGAUGUGCAAAAUUGUCUGACCUCUGCUGGUUUAUUAAUGUGUAACAUAGAGGAUGGAACUAGUAAUAAUUUUACAUUUUUGACAAAUUCUGGAAAUGAAUAUUUUUGUUUCAGUUUGGUGUGAUGUAUUACACUUAUCCCAUGUUCAGUGGAGCAUUUAUUGUUGUUUUUAAAUUAGUUUGUGGUAAAAACUAAAUAAAACCAACUAGGAAACCUG